GAUUCAGUCGCUACCACUCUAUCGGGUCACUAAUCCCAAUCCUAAUUCCAAAGAAUGAAACAUUUUAAUUUUCUUUGUUUAUUUAUCUUCUAUACAUGUUUCGCGCGCGAUGCUCCUUCAGUGACAAUUAUUAACCAAGGUACAGUUGUUGGGAAAGAAGUCUCCAUGAUAAGAACUCAAAGAGUACUUGCAUAUCUGGGAAUUCCGUAUGCACAAGCCCCAGUUGAAAGAUUGCGAUUUUCACCACCAGUUGUCGAUCCUUUACCAAGUUGGGAUAAUAUCCGCAACGCCACGGAAUACGCCCCCGCCUGUUUGCAAGGAGAAAACUCUUUUGGAAAAUUGGAUUUACCUUUUAUGCAGUUAAUUUCGGAGCCUCAUUAUGAAGUUAACGAAGAUUGUUUAUAUUUGAAUGUUUUUACGCCAUUCGGAGGACAUCCUCCUGCGGAAGGCUAUGCAACUAUUGUGUGGAUACACCCUGGAAAUUUUACAAAUGGAAAUCCAGCUAUGUGGAAUCCAUAUACUAUUGUUUACAGACAGCGUGUUAUAGUUGUAACAUUUGCCUAUAGACUGAACGUGAUGGGCUUCUUUACCAGCAACGAUGGGGAAGCACCAGGCAAUUACGGAAUAAUGGAUCAGCAAGCGGCACUAUUGUGGGUCAAGAACAAUAUAAAAUCAUUCAGUGGAGAUCCAAAUAACAUAUCUCUUAUGGGAUACGGCAGUGGAGCAAUUAGUAUAGGAUUACAUCUCAUCAAUCAACAAUCCCGAGAUCUUUUUACAAAAGCUAUCGUUAUGAGUGCUAAUCUUUUCACUCCAGCAGCUGUAAAAUUUCCACACGAAGACAAAGGUUUGAUCGAUACGCUCAUUGCCAACUUUGGAUGCUACCCAAAACCAACUUCUGAUUUAAUGAUUUGUUUAAGGGGAGCAAACGCAGAAGCAUUAGUUACACUAACUGAGCAUAUUGAUUGGAAACCUUUGAUUGAUUACGGCGUCAGUAACACCACACCGUUUCUUCCAGAAUUACCUAAAAAUUUCUUUGAAAGGAACGAUUAUUACAAAGUACCAAUAUUAACUGGAUUUACAAACAUGGAAGAAGUAUUAGGCAUCGAUUAUCUUAACUCGGAAAAUGUACCGGACGACCAAAUAAAUGACGAUUUUAUUCCUGAAGUUUUAAAGGAACUAAUUAGUUCGGACUAUCCGAAUAGUACUGAAACUUGCAGUUAUGAUCACAUCAUGGAUGCCGUUUUAUUUUUUUACGGUCCAUCAAAGCCCCUUACCGAAGCCAAUCAAGCUAGAAGGGUAAUUGCGGAUUUUACCACAGAAAAAAAUAUAGGUUCAUCAACAUAUCAACUGGCAAGUUAUCUUAGUAAAGAUCAGCCAACUUACGUUUACAGGUUUGAUAUGAAACCAAGUACCGAAGCAGCUAUACCGAAUUUUGCGGAUUGGAUGGAAGUUCCACAUUUAUACGAUUUAAUAUAUGUGUGGGGUAUGCCAUACUGGGUGCAGUUACCAGACCAGGAAUGGGACAUUCGUGAUAAACGUACGUCUGAUAUAGUCAUGUCUUUUUGGACGGCUUUUGCAAAAUCUUCAAAUCCAACCGAAAAUAACAUCUAUCCAAUACGUUGGGAACCAUUCACAAAGCAGCAACCUUAUAUUCUAAUUAUAGAUAGAAAUUUUAGUAUGAGCGAUGUUACAAGUUUCAAUUAUAAGCCUUUCGAAUUUUGGAACGAGUACUAUCCAAAAGUUGUAAGUGUAGCAAGCAAGUGUUGCAACAUCACUGACUCUUCCGCUACUAUCUAUGCGAUUUCGUACUCAUACUUUAUACGUUAUCUUCUUUUAGCACUACUUUCACACGUUCUUUUUGCUGUUCAACUUCUUUAAAAGUUGUAUGUAGGAACCCAAGAGAGAUUAACUAUUUUUGACAUUACGUACUUAUAUGAAGUUUAAAUCACAGAGAACACCUUCGCAAUUUUACCUGGACCAGAAUUAAACUAUAUAUGGCGAUGUACUAGUUUUUGAAGAUUACUGGAAUCGUCUCACACAUAUAUUGUGCAGAGAUUUGUAAUAUAUGCUUAUAACGGGUGUCCCAAAAUUAACGCAAGAUUUGAAUUUGCCGCCAUUUGUGCGGUGAAGUGUUGGCAAC